AUGAAACGUAGAGAACGUAGCUGGAUGUAUAAAAGGACGAUUGGGCAAAGUAUUAAUCCAGAUUUUGUGAAAGGAGUUGAUGAAUUCAUUCAGUACAUCACAGAUCAUCCCGAGAGUAGUAAUCCGGAUGAGGUUAGGUGUCCAUGUGUUAAAUGUAAGAACAAACGCCUUUGGAAUGCGGAUACGGUUAAAAUUCAUUUGUAUGGCAAGGGUUUCGUACCUAACUACUAUGAGUGGAUGUGUCACGGGGAAGGGUAUCCGGGAGUUCCCGAACGGUGGUCCAAUGAAUAUCGUGACAUGGUUUUGGAUGCUUUUGGUCAUAGUCAAGAUCAAGGGCACUUCGAGGAGGCUAGUGUUUCAUCAGAAGAGGAGCCUAAUGCAACUGCUAAGCAUUUUCUGGAUUUAUUGAAGGCUUUUGAAAGGCCAUUAUACGAAGGGAGUUCUUUGUCUGUGUUAGAGAUGGCCGCUAGAAUCACUAGUCUAAAAUGUGAGUAUAAUUUGCCUCACAGAUGUGUUGAUGGGUUUUCUUCUUUGCUAAGUGAGGCGAUUCCGAAAAACAACCAUAUGGCCGACACUUUCUGCGAGGUGAAGAAGAUUGUGAAGGGGUUGGAACUAUCCCAUCAAAAGAUUCAUGCCUGCCUGAAAGGGUGUAUGUUGUUUUGGAAGGAUGAUGCUCAGUUGUCUGAAUGCCGGGUUUGUGGCAGCGACCGAUACAAGCAGACUUCCAAAGGUAGCCUUGUGCCUUUGAAUGUUCUAUUUUAUUUCCCGAUCACACCCAGGUUGCAAAGACUGUUUGCAACGAAGAACAUUUCGGAGGAAAUGACAUGGCAUUCGAAAAAUCCCAGAGUUCAAGGCACAAUGGCACACCCUAGUGACAGUGCAGCUUGGAAACACCUCGAUUGUCGGUUUCCAGAGUUUUCUUCUAAGCCUCGUAAUGUGAGACUUGGCUUGUGUACAGAUGGUUUUGCUCCUCAUGGUAAGUUUGGGGGACAAUAUUCUUGUUGGCCUGUCAUUUUGACCCCUAAUAACUUGCCUCCCUCAAUGUGCAUGAAAAGACAAUUCAUAUUCCUUUCGUUGCUCGUUCCUGGUCCUAAAAACCCUAAGGGCAACUUGGAUGUUUACAUGCAACCGCUGAUAGAGGAGUUGAAACUGUUGUGGGAAGUUGGCGCGACUACUUAUGAUAUUUCGAAGAAACAGAAUUUCAAUCUUCGAGCAGCCAUCCUAUGGACCAUUAGUGACUUCCCGGCUUAUGGCAUGUUGUCUGGUUGGGCCACGGCUGGUAAGAAAGCGUGUCCACAUUGCAUGGAGAAGACCAAAGCAUUUUGGCUUGAACAUGGUUGUAAAGUUUCUUGGUUUGAUUGCCACCGAAAAUUCCUUCCGACAGAUCACCCUUUUCGGAACAGUAAAACAGCAUUCUGUAAAAACAAAGUAGAGAAAGGAGCCCCUCCACACAUCAUGUCAGGAGAGGAGUUGUGGGAAUGUGUUAAGGACCUUCCGAAGGCUACAGAUGGACCCAAUUCAAUUAAAAGGCUCAAAAAUGAAAAGAAGGGGUGGUUCAAGCAAAGCACCUUGUGGGAGCUCCCAUAUUGGAAGCAUCUCCUCAUUCGUCACAACUUAGAUGUCAUGCACAUUGAAAAGAACUUUUUGAUCAGUUAA